GCAAACUUAGAACUCAUCCACUGGCGUUAGCUUCAAGUUAAAACUAUUACGUGUAUUUUUCCGUUUUAACUGGGCCUUCUUGUAACAAUGGAAGCUAAAACUCAAGUUUCGGGGACAACAUCUAAGAUGAUUCCUCUUGCGUCACCCAAGGGAAUGGAAAAGCUGUGUGAACUUUGUCAAAGAGAAGCACACCUGCAAUGCAACAAAUGCCGGGUCACCUUUUACUGUGAUGUAGAUCACCAGCAGGCUGACUGGGUGGGAAUCCACGAGAGAAUCUGUCAGUUUCUUAUUCCCCUUCGCACCCCGACACUCUUUAGUCUCCAGCGGGCUGGCAGCGUUGAAAUUCAGCUUAAAAAGGCAGAGCUGAUUGAGAUUUGCAGGUUGGUGGCUCAGAGCAAAUUAUCUGAGGGGAAACACCAGGAGGCUCUGCCUGCUGCCCAGUUCUGCCUGCGCUGUUCCAUAGAUGUCCAUGGCCCCAGUACUGUCCAACUAGUCCCUGCCUACCUGCUCCUGGCAGAGGCCAACAUGGGUUUGGGUAAUCUAGCCGUGGUGGCAGAGCUCCUCUCCCAGGCAGAGUGGGCGGUGUUGAAGAGCCCAGAAUGCGGUCCCGCAGUCCACCACCGGCUGCACAGGAGUCUAGGCCGCCUCCACACAGAGACUGGAAACCUGGAAGCAGCUCUACUUCACUUUGCAAAUGAUAUAUACUUUGCCAGUGAGGAGUAUGGUCUGGAUAGCACAGUCACCUGUGGUGGCUACUUUCUCAUGGCUGAUGUGUUUGCCAAACAAGGGAAGAUGCCCAUUCUUCGUUCCUUGUACUCUGAGGUGGCACAUAUUUGGCACCGAAACCUGACCAAACUCCUAAAGACUCACGUCCAAACCACGCCCAUGUUGUUGGAGCUCUUUUAUGACAAUGCUCAGCAAGUUGAAGUGGACAAGAUGUUAAGAACCAUGUUGGAGUUUGAACAGAAUGAAUCCAGAAAAGACUCUGCUCAGAUUGCACUGGUGGCCCACUGUCUGGCCAUGCUGUGGUUUCUGGGGGGAGACGCCGUAAAGGCACUGGGAUUUGGCAGCACGGCCCUGCAGGCCAGCCAGCUGAUACCAAACCAUGACCUGACAGAGCCCAUCCAGGGCCUGCUGCAGCUGGUGCAGAGUCUGCAGACAGACCCACAUCCUGGUUCUGACUAGUCACCAUACCUUCCCUGCCCCUGCCUCUGCUUGGAGGUCUGCUCCAUCGAGACAUCUGUUUCUGAAUCUCCACACUGAUUCACCCAUGUAGAUGCAAUAACUGCUGAACUGGUAACAAAUAAAAAGUUAAUUGAGCACAGAUCUUAUGAUGUCAUUUAGGGUUUAUCCAGAUGUUGUGACUUUGGUGUUAUAAGCAGAACAAUUUCCGAUAGUGGAAUUCUUGAUAGGAGAAGAAAAAGAAGAGAGGACACAUUUUCUUUGGUUUUGAAUAAUGACUCAUCUUUAUUUUAAUCUAAAAAACAGAGGGAUAUAUAUUUACAUCAUUUUGCACAUUUGUAAAUGACAUGAUUUUGGGAUCAUUUUGUAACACUGUCAGAAUGAUAGAGAAGAGAGGGCAUUUGCUGAGACUUUUUUAAAUGCAACUUUUUUGCUUAUCUCGUACCUAGCAUUUCAGAACCUUUUCAUCAAUUCAUCAUAUGCAGAUAUAAUUAAAGAUUUCUAGUGUCUAUGUCAUCAACAGAGAGCUGCAUUAUUUCACUGAAGCAUAAACAUUGGAUUCUUGUAAACCUUUAAGCAAACCUCAGGUUUGUUUGAAAACACAUUGACAUAGAAUGUACCUGAUGGUUGCUGUGAAAUCCUACAUAUUAUAUACAAUUCGGAAACAUGUAUUCUUUAUAUCAAAACAAAGAACCACUUUUAAAAUCAUCUCACUACUAGUGUUAUUAGUACUGAAUUAUACAACAAAAUGCUUAUUUUUGGCAUUCAGAUUCAUUUUUAUGUGUUGAGAGGCAGCAAAACAUGGAAACACUUGGAUUUCCUCAUAUUCCCUUUUUCUUUUUUGAGCCAAAUAUACUUUAGCAGCAGUUUGGAAUUUAACAGCAACCUUGUGCUCUAUUGUUGUACACAGUGACUAGUCCAGAGGUCCCUACGUGUUUGUUCCAGGCUGGCAUUUCAUGAUGUAAACACAUUUAUUUCUUGUUUCGCUGUGUCACUAGCCUGUAGUACCCCAGUUUCUUUCAGUAGCUUGGGUUAGGGCUAUGCCUUGUAUAGAUUUUAUCAUUGCCACUGAGAGAGACCACACAGAAAGAAACCUGCCUGAAUUGGGACCCUGACUCAACUAUGAUCCUCAAAUCAAUGCUCCCAAAGGAAACCAGACACUGAAAAGGCAUUUUGAAAGUUGUUAGGGCACAGUUAAAUGAACCUUCAAUGGCUAGAUGUGUUCAGUCUACAUGUGGAUGAUGAAUAUGUUCUUAUGGCUGGUUUUUUAAUGUCUUGAAAGGAUAUGAGAUCUUUGAUUUACACUUAUGUACACAAUGUGGAAUGACGCAGGCUUCAGUACAAAGACAAAGACUUCAAAAAAUAGGGGACAACAACAACUGGAGAUAGUUCACCCAUAGGAGCUUUUAUGUUGGGAUGUGACAUAUUGAUCAAGUUCACUGACCCUUACAUGUCAGGAGAGUGAACACUGGCGGAUUUCACAGUUUUUUUGUCAGAUACUUUGAUUAUAUAGAUACCAGACAACAUCACAGCAGUGUAAAGGAUGUUAUUCUCUCAGUGGAGCCACUGUGAUCACUUGACAGCAGACUUAAAUAAAAAGCUGCCGUUUCCUGUUGUCUGGUGGGUUUAGAUUUGGCACCCUCAAGCAGGCCCCUUUUAGAUUCCAGACAGUUAGUAAAUUCGGCCCACAAAAAAGGAAAAUAAAAAUCAAGCUUCACAGCGGUUUCACUUUAUUGAGACAAUAUUAGUGCACACAAACCACUUUCUUCUUUAAAAAUACCAUAAAUUAGGAAGAAAACAAGGAACAAUAUAAAACAAGCAAGGAAAAAAAGUGCAUGUUAACCAUGGUAUACACCACAUUGUCUUAUACUGUAGUUUACAACCUUUUUUUCAUUGUUGUUUGUGUGUCUUUUUUUGUCUGACUGUAGGCAUGUGUUAUGUUUUUGACAUGUGUCUAGCUUGGAUGGAUAUGUUGUUCCUUUGGGGGUCAGGGGUGAGAUCCAGGCUGCUUCCCUGAGUUGUGUUCAACAGAAAGGGUUACAAGCCUAAAAACAUGGACGUUACUAUGUGCAGCAACUUAGGGUUUACAUUUGUGCUUUUGAUCAGAUCUGUAAAUUAUUCUUAAUCAAUGGUAGUUACCCCAGAGUACCCUGCCUCAAUGCUGAUAGUUAUUUCAGAGGGUGUGCAGGAGGUAAAUCAAGAGGAACAGAAAACCAUAAGCAGUAAGCUCUUGGCCACUGAAAUCCCUGUUUUUUUCUUUGUUUUCUAAGUAAAGAGAAAGUAACAUUCUAUUCAAAAAGACUGCAAAAAUAUAGUUUCCAUUUUUUAUUUGUACAUCAUGCCAACAUAUUUUGUGGGUUAUGAUACUUCAUUUUUAUCAAAAAAAAAACAAAAAAAAAAAACAAAACUAAACAAA